UAACUAUAAUAUCAUUUGUAUUUUGUGUUAUUCACCGCUAACGUUAUUAUCCAAUUAUUGUUGGUACCUACAAACAUGGUCAAACAUAUUAUUAUUAAGCUAACUUUAUGUUUUAUGGUUUAUAUUAUUGGAAAUAUAGAUGCGGCAGGUGAAGAAGCUCGUAAAGCAAAAUUUUUACUUGCGGUCAAAUGCAAUAGGCAAUUGUUUGAAAAUGGACUUAUAAAAGGAAUACCUGACUUGCAGAGAUCGCCUAAUAGUACAUUUAAAGUAGUAUUGACUCAAUUUUAUACAUCAUAUGAUAUCCAUACCGUAACACUUGAAAACAGAGACAUUGUACCAACUCUUAACAAUGACCAGUUUAUAACAGAUGAAGGAGUUGAUAAUUUAAUAAGAGAAUUCGUAUACGAUUUCGUUCAAAAGGGUACAGAUGAUAUAUUUCAAGGCAAAAUAAGUGCAUUGAUGGCGAAAUUGAGUACUGGCCAACUUAAUGAUUAUCCACUUAAAACGUUUGUUCUUAAUUAUAAUACUAGGAGUUCUAAAGUAUAUUAUAGAACAACAACAGAGUUUUGUAUAAAAUACAGCAAAAGUCCUAAUUUUAGGGAUUGAUGUUAAAAUUUAAACAAUAGUAGUGCAAACACCUUGUAAGUUACAAUAUUUUUUAUGAAAUAGGAGGGCUAUUUCGUCUGGGUAAAUAAAUUUAUUCAACGUGGUAUUGGACUUGGUAUUGGGUCACUCGUGUAUAAGUUGAAUAGUAGGGGAGCUAAAACAGAGUCUUGUAGCAGGUCCUUGUUUAGGGUUUUUUGCAUACUUUUUCUAUCACCUAUAACUACUGUGAUAAAUCGAUUGCUCAAAAUGCAUGAUACCACUUAUUGUUUUGCAUGGUAUAAUCCGUAGGAGUUUAGUGAUAAAUCACUAGUCAGUAGGGAUAUCGGCCCGUAGAUUUUAAUGUCAUUAUCGGCAGUGGCGUGGCGAGAAUCUUUCAAACCCUAAGCAAAUUAUUUAUAUAACAAACCCCCCCCCCCCCCCCCCGCCACCGAAACUAUAUAUAAUUUUCUGUAUGAUAAUUUUGAAAUUUUGUUAUAAGAAGUCAUGAAUAAUUUAUUAUAAAUGAUAUUAUAAUAAUAAAUUAUACAUAAAAUAGUAAAAAUAAAACUAAAAAGUGGGGAAAGUGGAUUUCGCUCUGCUGUACAGUAGGUUACAAAAGGGUCACUGUAUAAUGGAUGGUAUUAAAUUUGAAUUCAAUGAUAAAAUAUCAUUGUAUAAGAUAAACGGUUCUGAGCGGAGACGGUAUGUCAGUCUAGGUAUAUGACAUAUAUUAUACUUAUCUAUGGUACUAAAAAAAAAAUGUUCCUAUAAUAAAUUCAAAAAUUAAUCAUAUCACAAAAUCUAUUAGGUACUUAUAACGCGUUUUACAUCAACCGUGAUACUAUCAUAGAUAUAUAAUAGUAUACUUUAGAAGUUUCAAGUACCCACAAAUAAUAUUAUACAAUCACAACAAAAUAACUAAAAUAGUAAGUUAUUCUAUGUUUUAGAUUCUGAGCGAAGCGAUGAAUGUAUUGAUUCUACAAUGAUGUGUGUUUUUUUUUAAUUUUUUUAUUUGUUUUAUUUUUUUUAUUUUUUUUUUAUUUUUGUGUCUGUCAUCACCUUUUAGGACAGUAAAAGUGCUUGGAUUUUCUUCAAUAGUAACUUUUCUGAUAGGAAAGUGAAUCUAGUUGGUACUUUGGGGGGUCAAAAGUAAAAAUUUCCCAGUAGUUUUCACAAGCGACGUGAAAAACAAAAGAAAAAUUAAGGAAAAACGGGAAUUUUUUCGAGAAAAUCGAUUUUGGUUUUUGGUGUAUCUCUAAAACAAAUGACCGUAGGGACAUGAAAUUUUGACUGAAUGUUUAUAUUAGCAUUUUCUAUACACCAUAAAAUUUACAAAAUAUUUUGACUCUUUUUGAGCUGUUUACGGCCAUUGUCAGUUUUCAAUUUUUUUAGUUUUUUUUUCUAUAAAUAUCAAUAAAAUUUUAUCUGUUGAGUAAAAAAGCUUGAAAAUUUAAUAGAAGGCUCCUAGGUUAUUGUUUCAAAGGCAGAUGAAAAAAAUUAAAAAUCCUUAGUCACAGUUUUUAAUUUUAAGCAUUUAAAGUUCAAAUUUUGACAAAAUACGGAAAAAUCACGAAAAAUAGCAAAUUAUUUUGAUGAGAAUUCAUAAAAAUUUUUAUUUUUAAAUCUAAGAUUUGAAAAUGUAAUAUAAGAUUACUCAUAAGUUUGUCUACCUUUAUCAAAAAAAAAUGUCUAGAAGAAACUUAAAUUAAACUUUUAUGAGCGUCUGAAAUUUAUAUUUUUACAACAUUUGAUAUUUACUCGAUUUCUCAUAUAACAAUUUUCUUAUUUUAUUGUAAUUAAAAAACGAAUGACUGUAGAUACUUGAAAAUUUCACUGAAUGUUUAUAUUAGCAUUUUCUAUACACCAUAAAAUGUUGAAAAUAUUUUGACUCUUUUUGAGCUGUUUACGGACAUUGUCAGUUUUCAUUUUUUUUAGUUUUUUUUUCUAUAAAUAUCAAUAAAUUUUUAUUUGUUGGGUAAAAAAGCGUGAAAAUGUAAUAUAAGGCUCCUGAUAUAUCGUUCUAAUAGCAGUUGCAAAAUAUUAAAAAUACAUAGGCACAAUUUUUUUUUAUAAGCAUUUAAAGUUCAAAUUUUGACAAAAUGUAUCAAAUUUAUAAUUUAUUAAUUAUUUUGUAGUUAAAAAUUUAUGGCUAAGGAUUGAAAAUUUAAAACAAGGCUCCACGUAAAUAGGUUAUAUAUAAAUUACUUUAUUCACAAUAAUAUCAUCAAAUAUACUUGGUAAAAUCAUAGGCUGACUAACCGUUUUCGCUCAGAAUCAUUUUCCUUAUACAAUGAUUUUAUAUCAUUGAAUUCAAAUUUAACACCAUCCAUUACAGUGACCCACUUGUAACCUACCGUACAGCAGAGCGACAUCCACUUAUCCACCUUUUUUUAUAUGUAAUUUCGUCCAGAUUUGAACUUAAAAAAUCAAAUAACUAUAAAAAUAAACUCUGUUUAUGUAUUUUUUAGUUUUUUUGUUAACAGAAUUAUCUACAUACGUGAAAUCUUAUUUUAAAUGUUCAAUCCUUAGUUAUAAAAGUUAACCAUUUUAUACAUUUUCAACUACAAAAUAAUUAUUCAAUUUUAAAUUUGAUAAAUCUUGUCAAAAUUUGAUCUUUAAAUGCUUAUAAAAAAAAUUGUACCAAUGUAUUUUUAAUAUUAUUCAACUGCUAUUGUAACAACACAUCAGGAGCCUUGUAUUAAAUUUUCACACUUUUGGCCCAACAGAUAACACUUUAUUGAUAUUCAUAGAAAAAAAAAAAAACUAAAUAAAUUUAAAUAUGAAAUUGUCCUUAAACAGCUCAAAACAAGUCAAAAUAUUUUGAAAAUUUUAUCAAGUAUAAGAAUUGAUAAAAUAAACAUUCAGUGAAAUGUUCAUGUAUCUACAGUUACUAAUUUUUGAAUUACAACAAAAUAAAAAAAUCGCUACAUGAGAAAUCAAGUGAAUAUCCAAUGUUGUAAAAAUUUGAAUUCCAAGCUCAUAAAAUUUUAAUUUGAUUUCUUCUAGGUAUUUUUUUUUUUUUUGAUAAAGGUAGACAAACUUAUGAAGAAUUUCUUAUUAUAUUUUCAAAUCUUAGAUUUAAAAUCAAAAUGUUUUAUGAACUUCUAACUCAAAAUAAUUUGCGAAUUUUCGUAAUUUUUAUUUUUCACGUAAAAAUACCCGUUGUUUACGGCACUUUUGAAAACUACAGGAACAAUUUUACUUUUGGCCCCCCUAAGUACCAACUAGAUUCAUUAUUCUAUCAGAAAAGAUACUGUUGAAGAAAUUACAAGCACUUUUACUGUCCUGAAAGGUGAUGACUGUAGGGGAAAUCGUUAAAUAUUUCACUUCUAAUUGCUAUGAUAUGGUCUUUAUGGUCUUUUGUUGAGAAACAUAGGUCUGGAUUAUAGUCUCGUUGCCACCUCCCUGAUCUAAAUAUACAUUGAUAUGUACCUAAAUGUGGUUUGUAUGUGUUAAUGAUACUUAGUUCAUUAAUUUUAAAUGGAUGGCUGUGAUGUUGCUACGAUCAUAAGUAGUGUUUCCAAUCUGGUAUGUCAUUUCGUAUAUAUGUAGAGGUACCAUAGCUUCUAUUGUAUGUGGCGGCCGCUAAAGAGUAUCCAGAAAUAGAUCUUCUUUGUUGUUAUUGAUCUGCGUUAGAAGUAGGACCGAAAUGUUAUUUUCCCAUGCAAAUUUGGAUAGAUACUCACUCUUGUCCCGACUAAUACCUUCUAAAUUUAAUUGUAGGACUCUUAACUGAGGGCCUAGAUCCCGGGUCAGUUGGCUCUGAAAAAAGCAGUUUUCAGAAAGAGGGGAGAUGUUGUUGUUGUUGUUGCUGAUGUUGUUGUUGUUAGUGUUAGGGGCCGGUAGAUCCAUAAGGACAGUUUGGCCGCCAAUUUGAUAGAUCUUUAGCCGUUAUAUAACGUUGCUCAGGGUGUAAUGCGAGGAGGUGAUCUAUCUAUAUACCCCGGAAGUCUUGUAAUUUAGUGGGAAGGCGUGUAAAUUAGUGAAAAGUCUUGUAAUAUAGACGGAAGUCUUUGGAUGCAGUCGGAAGACUUGGCAUUUAGGAGAAUGUCUAUUAAUGUAGUGGGAAGACUUGUAUUUUUGUGAGAAGUUUUUGAAUUUAGUCGGAAUACGAGGAAAUUAAAGCGAAUACUAUUAAUUUAGUGGGAAGUCUUUGAAUUUAGUUGGAUGUCUUGUAAUUUAAGGGGACGUCUUGUAAAAUAGACGGAAGUUGUUUAAUUUAGGCGGAAUAAUUGGCAUUUAGGAGAAAGUAUAUUGCAGGUAACUUAUAUAUAUACGCAAGUAAACUAUCAAUUGCUACUAUAAUAUUAUGUAUUUAGUCCAUAAUUAAAAUAAGUACAUUAAAUCAACUGUUAAUUAAUUUUAUUUUUUAGAUAAACAUACAGCUUCAUAUUAUGAAUAUUGAACUAAUUAAAUUAUAUCGGCAUGUUACACUAAUAAAAAAAUUAUAUUAUUAUAUAACUUAACUACAUAAGAAUUAUCUAAAUAUAUUUAUAAUGAUACUAAAUAUAAAAUAGAGAAUAUAAUGUAAUAUGAUUUUAUUUUUUUUUUUUUUUGAGGAUUGACUUUAAUAAUUAAUUUUUAUUUGAUAUAUAGUUAAUAAUUAAGAUUAGAUUAGAGUGACAUAUGUAUUGUAUUUGAUACAAAAUUAAUUUUCUAUUUGCAUAUAAAAGAAACAUGUAGUAAGGCACUAUAAACGACUAAAAUAUCUUCAUUUUUUUUUGUCUAGUUUGUUAUUAUAAUAUG